UCUCUGCAACUUCAUCUCAAGUUUCCUCUCUGACUUUUCUAUUGCUUCUGUGGUAGACAGCAACGGUUAUUCUCCUAAAUCUAUGAACUCUUUCUGUUGCCCUUGGCCAGUUUUCUCCUCUUACGUAAAGCAAACAAACAAGCAAACAAGCAGCGCCCGGGGUGGCGAGUGCUGGGUGGCGGCAGCGGACGGCGAGUCGAGGCAUAAACAAAACAAACGAGCAGGUGGUGGCUGCGUGACGUGUACUCUGUGCAAUAAUCAUCCUACUGCGCUGAAUCAAGCUAAGGACACCCUCUACCACUGUGAAGGGAGAAACUAUGUAGGUUAUUAAAGCUUAUAGUGUUUUGAUCAGUAGAUAUUAUCUGAAAUUUAGGUUCACUCGCCCAAAAACAACCACUCCCAGAACUGGCUGAAGACAUUCCUGGCAGCUUCAGUGCACUAUAUAACCUUGAAGAUCUGAUGGUGAAGGCAAGUAGUUGGUGCAAACACUUAACUGGGGAGGAGCUUCAGUCUCUUAAAAAAAACAGUGUUGCCUUAACUUCAGUCAUCCUGAAGAUGGCAUCCACUUCACCAGAAAAAACUCCUCAGGCAGAUCCCACACAAGAGCCAAUUCCACAACAAAUGCCAGAGAUUUGCACUGACAACAAUGAAAAGUCAUCUCCACUGGAGGAAAGAGCAACAGAUGUGGAUGAAGGGGAUGACAGUAAUAAGUUGGUAAUGGAGAGUUUAGUAAAUCCUCCAUUGCCAGAUGAACUAGGAGAGGCAGAAUGUGCUAUACUACGUGGAGAUGCGAUUGGCUCUACAACCUACACACAUCGCUGGGUCCUUCACACUCUCCUCACCAUUACAGAGGCCUUACCGAAAUAUUUGACCUCUGGUGAUAGAUGCUUGAAGAUUGAUCAUAAAACAACUAGUGGAGAUGAAGCUGAUACAGAACAUACAGAAAACCAGCAUAGCAGCCUUAGUACUAGCAGUGUUCUAGAGCUAGAGGAAGAUGUUGAAAAUGCAGCUUGUCAGUUGUGGGACAUGACUGCUGAGCCAGAUGUAGUGUCCCAUCUUCUGAAUCUGGAGGUGGUGGACAUUCUGCAGCUGGCCAAAGAGAUCAUCACACUUUCUCGAGCACCUCGUCUCACUGAAGUUGUGGUUGGUGUAGUUGCCAACUUGUGCUGUCAGGCUGAGGGUUGUGAGAAGGUUAUUGCGAGUGAAUCCCUUCUUCCUUCCUGCUUGGCCAUCCUGCACUCAACAGAUGAUGUUCCUACCCUGGUGGAGGCCUUCCGUCUCUUGAAGCUCCUGCUUUGGCACGUCACCUACAGAGUACCCAUGGAGAAGCGCUGCCGGUAUCCUUUGGUCACUGCACUCAAGAGCCACGAGUCUAUGAAGGAAGCUUUAGUUUUCUUGCUUAAAAAUAGUCUAAGUGACAAUCUUUUGAAUGCUGUAUUUGAGUUCCUAGAGGUUCUUUUAUAUCUUUGGCUUCCUGCUGACCAGUGCUAUAUGGCUGCACACUACUCUGAAUCAGGUCUGAUUGAAGGAGUAGUUUUGGUAAUGAAGCACUUUUUGAAGCAGUGGGAGAAGAAUGGUGGGCAAGAGAACCCACUUGCUGUCCACCGUGGAGUGCUUAUCCUCUACAGUUUUGUGGCCACACCAGCAGUGCAGACAAUAAGUAGCUUUGAUCAGUAUGAGUCAUUGCUUGAACCAAUCUUAGUUGCAUAUGUGGAACACAUGGCCAAAGUGGAAAAAGUGGAGGAAUUGUAUGAAGAAGAGAGAGCAGAGAGACUGGUGUAUGCACUAGGCUUAUGUGAACUGUUAGUGCCAACCAUGCGCCAACCCAGCAUUCUUUUACAUGUUGGCAAGCUGUUGGCCCUCACACAUGGAGGCAGCUAUCAUUAUGUUGCUGUUCCAGUCAAGGAUGAUCAAGAGCCGCACAUUAAAAAGGAGAGGUUAAGGAACAGAUCUGGAAGAAGACACCGGAGACUGAGUAGUAAGAGCAAAAGGCAGAGUCUUUCUUCUGAGGAAAUGGAUGUUGACACUGAUUGCUCAUCAGUACCACGAGCAGAAACGGAGACUGAACAGGAAGGAAAGGUAGUUUCAAAGAGGGAAAGAGAAAAAACGGAUGACGGAAGUAGAAUUAGCAAUCUUACAGACUCAUCAGUAAGUACUAGUAAUGUUAGCAGAGACAAGAAAAAUAUAACUCCCAGAAUUAGACAAAAGUAUGGAGAAAAAGAUACAAAAAGCAUAUCAGACACACUAAAAGAAAGUUUAGCUGACUACUGUGUGCGUGUUAUGAAGUGCUGCCCAGACCUAGAUGCUGUGUUGACCAUUGUGAAUGAAUGUCAUGUGAAUGAGGUAGAGCUUUUCUUCCAGGCUGUUAGGGUGUACGAACCUGCACUGGUUGGUCAGCUUCAAGAACAAAUUCUGGACUCAGGUGCACACAAUCGCUUGGUGACAAUACUGUCAGACAUGUAUGCUUGAUAGUACUAUUGAAAAGUAGAAUAACAAUAACUAAAUGUGCAUUCACUCUGUGAGGUAGACAUAGAGGAAUCUUGGUUAUCUGGUAUUUUAUCAUUUGCUUUAUUGUGGCAGUAAAAACCUUUAAGAGAAAAGUUAUUUCAAAGAAAGAUUUAGAAAAAAUAUAAGAAUGAAUGUUAACAUAUAAUCCUGUGGAGUAUCAUUUUUAAAAGAUUAUGAAAGGAAUAGAAACCAUAUAAUGCUGAAGGAACAAAGCAGCAAUACCUCCGUUACUCCUCACUAAAAAUAUUGUCAUCCAGGAUUAGACUCCGUUGCAUUGACAUUCUAUCCACUGUUAAUCAUCUGUAUGAUUGAUCAUGUGUGCCAAACAGUUGAUCACCAGUGACAGUACAAAACAGUAUCAUUUAUCAAGUUAACUUAGUUGUUGUGUGCAGUUUUCCAUGGGUGCCAGAUAACUUCAGCACAUGUAGUAGAGUUUUAAAAAGGUUUGUGAUAUUGUGAAAUGUUACAUUAUGUCCUUUAUGAAAAAAAAAUGUGCUUUUGUUUCCAUGUUAACUGAACAGAAUGUAGCUUUUUAUAGAUUUUAUGUAAAACCAUGUAAGAAUAGAGAUGAUGAAUUAA